UAACUUUGGUACUGCAUUUAAUAAUAUUAAGACGUCAUCCACUGAUGCGUGUUUCGCAUUUAUUUGCGCCAAGCUCCAGACGCAUUUUGGUUAAACGAUUAAAUGCGGAACCUUUCUGUAUGGCCCCGGAGCCCGCACGGAAUGUUUUGAGCGUUACACCACGGAGCUGUCAAAACAACAGAAGCUUCACCAGGACAGUAAGGCCGGCAAGAUGGCCCAGACAGACAGCAAGGUGCUGGUUCUGGGAGCGUUGGCUGGAGUAGCGGGGAUCGGCUUGGCUGUCGCGUGCUACCAGGGUUAUAGGUCCAGACGAAGAGGCUCAUGGCCGGCGUUCCACUUUAACCGCACCAGCGAACAGAGUCCGGGCGUCAUGAUGUUGGACGGUCCCGGGGUCGGGGGACACUCAGAGGUGCUGGAGCGCCUUGAAGCCCUGUUCCAGUGUGUGUCCGAGCUGAAGAACGAGAUGAAGGCGCUGAAGGACACUCUGCCGACGCUGCAGGAACAAGUCAAGGAGGAGUUGAGGGGACGUGAAGGGGCACGUCGAACCAGCCCUCUCUACAGGACCACGCCGACACGAAGGAAAAGGGCGGCGGCGACCGUCGCCGGGGCAAGUUCUACGGGUCGGAGCUCAGAGGAAGCAGAGAGUGAGGGAGGGUAUAUGACUGCACUGACAGACUCUGAAGAAGAGCUACUAAGUGAUGUGGAGCAGCAGGAUGAAGAACGGCCCCCGGAUGCGUUAUCCAUCCUCCUUGAGAGGAUUGACUCUUUACAUCGGGGCAGUGAGUCUGACAAAAAGGAAAGUCUUGAUAUCCUUUUGCAGCAGAGAGAGGAGCUUGGACAGAACUCGGGUUUCCUUUGGCGGUUAAUCCGAGCUUAUUCUGAUCUUCACGACAUCAGCACCACUCUGGACGAGAAGAAGGCUCAUGCAGAAGCUGGGAAGAAAGUUGGUGAGGAGGCGGUGAUGUUGAAUCCUACAUGUGCUGAAAGUCAUCAGUGGUACGCCAUUAUGUGUGGUGUCAUGACAGAAUACGACACAAUACAAAACAAGAUAAAGAACGGCUACAUCUUUAAGGAUCAUCUGGAUAAAGCCAUUGAGCUGAAGCCGCAAGACCCCACGUCCUACUACAUGCUGGGCCGCUGGUGCUACAGUGUGGCUCAGUUAUCGUGGAUUGAGAGGAAAGUUGCUGCAAGUCUGUUUGGAGAACCGCCCAGUUCCACCAUUGAAGAUGCACUGAACAAUUUUCUAAAGGUGGAGGAGAUUCAGCCGGCGUAUUCUAAACUCAACUACGUGUAUCUCGCUAAGUGCUACAAAGACCUGGCACAGAAGGACAAGGCCAGGGAGAUGUGUGAAGCUGCUCGCUCAAUGAGGGCCGACCCCAAGGAGGAAGAAGAGGCAGAAAGGGAGCUGAGCGUGUUGUGCCCUGCGCUCGGAUUGUGACGACACUUUAAUAGUUUUUUGUUUUUUGGAAAUUUUAUUUUAAAUACACUGCAGUUGCAGUGUGUGUGUGUGUGUGUGUGUGUGUGAGAAAGAGUGCGUGGACAAACUUUAUAUUGACGGGCCAUCAUGAGUGAAGGGAGGUACUGUAUGUCGUGGCGUGAUAUAUUUAAUGGGAGCAAUAGGCCACAACAUUCAGAUUUGUGUCGAUGGAAACAGAUUUAAUAGUGAGAAAACAUCUGAUGCCUGGUUGGACCAAAUCAGUGAGAUAAUUAGAUUUCCCUCUCAAAAAAAAAAAAAAAUCAAGUCAGUUGAAUUAGUUGCACAUUAUAAUAAAUUCUGUUUGACUUUAAAAUUCUAUACAUCCAUAUAUGUAUAUCUUAUUUAUAUAGCAGCGCGUAGCAGAGAUUCUCUUACAGGUCUGAUUGCUCUGAUAGGGAUUGAUUGUAACUCCAGCGUGUUUCGAGGAUACUAAGGUUUCCUCGACAACAAAGACCUGUCACUUUUUGUGAAAGUGACCCAGAGGACUUGUUGUUCCUUCCUGUUCCGUCCUGUUUCUGUUAUGUCUCCCGUCACCAGUGGAAAUAACAAAAGCGACAUCAGACAAUAGCGCAACCCAAACAUCAUGGAAUGCCGUGACCACUGGACGACCUCCUGCUCCCGCCGCGCACACGGAUCAGCGUUAACGCUCUCUCGCGUCUCUCUGCAUCGCCACGCAUGCUGCGUCGCGAAAGGUUUUCAACGCGCCGUGAAGGCGAGAGGAACUUGUUCUUAGACGACGCGUUUCCUGAUAGUACCGGGGUCGUCGGCGCCGUUGUGCAGUCGCCUCUUCUCCGUUCAGCUGCUGUGACAGUCGCAUCACGUCCGUCAACUCUCAAUCAAGCCUUUUAUUUAUAUGAUGCAUUCAUUUGGGACCGUGCGCCUCAGAUCCUGGUCAUUGUGCCCUUUUGCAUGUUUGUCAGAUCAUGAGAAAAAAAAAAAGAAGGGGGGGUUGUGUGAAGCACCUGUGCGGAUAACAAACCCUCUCUUUCAUUUAAUGUUGAAGUCUUCCAGGAAGGUUCCUCUUCCUGUGGUUCAUCUGAAGCUUUGGAUUUUCCCACAUGUUCAUGUUUGAACUUUUAUGUUUCACCAGCCGGGAAGUCGGUUUUACUUUUCUUAUUUUACAUUUUUUCAAUAUCAACAAAAACAAUAGGAUGUCCACCUAAAUAAGUAAAGUUUUGAAGUUUUUAUAAAGUACUCAUUACACUACAUAUGCUGUGUAUAGAACAGUAUACAUAUACUGUACUGUAUUCCACAACUACUUAUUUUACUUCAAUCCAGAGUUUGCUCAGGUUGUAGUUAAGAAGAAAAGACAAUAGGGAUUCAUCAGUACCCUGAAAGAUGAAUAAUAAUUAAAGAUGUGUGUUUAAAAAAUAACUUGACAAUGAAACUAAGGGCAUUUUUAUUUUUUAUUUUAUUUUUUGGCAAACACAUGUACAUAGCAGGAGAAUCACCUCAGAGAGACUCUUUGCUUCGGGGUUCCAGUUUACAUAAUACUGCUAAUAAUGUAAUCAGAUGGAGGUGAUGUCCGAACGCCUCAUUUCAUAUCAGUUUAAUACAUUCCUGAUGUUUUCAGCUCAAUCUGAUGCAUUUUAGAUUUGCAUAUUUUAUCUUUUGUGAUGGAGGAUUUUCUUUAGUCACUCAAGUCGAUUAUAAUUUCAUUCUGUGUUAAUGUGGAGUCUACUCUGAUGUAAAAGAAUUACAACAUUUUUUUUCCCCCUACCAGCAACACGAAUGUAUUUGUUUUUAUCUUCCUUUUUUUUUUUUUUGUUUAUUUUUUUUGACAUGCCAAAGUGAGUUCUGUAUUCCUCAAUAGAGAUUAUACUGUGCGUUAUCAUAGACGGUGUGUACUGAAUGAUUAAUGGUACUGGAGUCUGUCAUUAAACCUGUGCAAUCCUGA